CUUCGCGGCGCGCUAGCAAGAUGGAGCGUUGAUCGCGAACACAUCUCGCACGGUUGUUUGCGUGGUUCCCGCGUGUACACACGUACAGCUGCAUGAUAUGAGCGCACGCAUUGACCCGUGGCGACCGACGGUGGUGAUCUUGAAUAGGCGACUGCGUCGUGCGAAGGCAGAGGAGAGCGGGCAGCGUCAAUAAAAGUGCCACCGGCGGGGUCAAGGCGGUGCCUCUCGGCGACAUGGAGAAGAACGGCCAGGUCAAAGUUCACGGCGGCGCCGAUGAUGGUUCGGCCGCGUCCUCGCCCCUCUCGCCGGUGGCGGCCAGCAGCGGUGCCGCCUCGUCCACCGACAUGGGGGACAUGAUGACGCGCGUGUACGCCUGGCGGUUCGUGCAGCUGACCCUGUUCAUCCUCUACUCCAUGACGAACGCCUUCCAGUGGAUAGAGUACUCCAUCAUCACCAACCUUGUCAUGAAAUACUACAACAUAGAUGAGCUCACGGUGAACUGGACAGCAGUGGUGUACAUGGUGACCUACAUACCCCUCAUCUUCCCUGCUUCCUGGCUGCUUGAACGACGAGGUCUUCGAUUUGUUGUUAUCCUAGGAGCACUGGGGACUUGCGCUGGCUCAUGGAUCAAGGUACUGAGCGUGGAGCGGGACCGAUUUGUGGUGUGUCUCGUGGGCCAGACUGUCGUGGCAGUGUCGCAAAUCUUCAUCCUGAGCAUCCCGCCACGCCUUGCCGCCGUCUGGUUCAGUGCGCAGGAGGUUUCCCGGGCAUGCUCUCUCGGAGUCUUUGGGAAUCAGUUGGGAAUAGCGCUGGGUUUUCUGGUUCCUCCCCAACUGGUAACUGGGUCGCCAGACACUGCUGAAGGCCUGGAGGAGAUAGGGCGUGGCUUGACCAUCCUGUGCUAUGGCGUGGCCAUCUUCAGCACUGUUGUGCUUAUCGGCAUACUAUUUGGUUUUCGUGACAAACCACCUCGUCCACCAAGCAGGGCGCAAGUGUCCCGGGAACAGGCCGACCCGACAGGGUACUGGCACUCCAUGCGGAAUCUGCUGCGCAAUACAAAUUACAUGCUGUUGCUGAUCACAUACGGCAUCAACGUGGGAACCUUCUAUGCCAUAUCGACCUUACUCAACCAAGUUUUCCUGACGUACUUCAACGGUCAAGAGACCACUGCUGGCUGGCUGGGAUUGUCCCUCGUCAUCUCUGGCAUGGUCGGAUCAGUCCUCUGUGGCUUUGUGCUUGACGAGACGCAUCGUUACAAGGAGACCACGCUCGUUGUCUACGUGUUCUCCUUGGCAGGCAUGGUGGCCUACACGUAUGUGCUGGAUACAGCCAUGUUGUGGCCUGUGUUCUUGGUCACUUGUUUGCUUGGAUUCUUCAUGACAGGCUACCUUCCACUGGGAUUUGAGUUUGCAGCUGAAGUAACCUUCCCCGAGCCGGAGGGCACAUCAUCGGGCCUGCUCAAUGCUUCUGCACAGGUCUUUGGCAUACUCUUUACCGUGGCUGCUGGCAAAAUGCUUGUCGUGUAUGGUGAUCGCACCACGAACUUGGCACUUUCGGGGGCUCUACUUGUUGGUUCGAUACUCACGGCUCUGAUUCGCUCCGACUUGCGGAGACGUCAUGCCCAGCUGCAGUCUGAACCAUCAGCUGUAGUGUCCACAUGACUACUGCGACUUGGAGACCUCGAUCACAUCGGUCUUUUGUAGGCCAGCAAAGCCUCAUCUCUUCUAUCAACAUCUGCAGCGCCGGCGACCAGUGGGGCCAUCACGAACUUUCCCUGCUCGUUGUGCAGCUGCAAUGACCGGCGUCCUUAAGGCAUGCCAGGAGAGCACCCUAAAAGACUGAAUCGAUUUGUGCCACGAUGAAUGGUGCUUGGCUAGUCUGCUUCCAUAAGCAAUGUUACGUCAAAAGAGGAAUGACCUUACAAAGAUAGUAUCGAGGCACAGAACAGGCAGUUUGAGUGCGAUGCCAAUUGCCUUUCCUGUGCCAACUCUUCUCCUAUUGCGAACGUCAUUUAUUCAAGAGACCUUUGUCCACAAUGUGUGAGCAUCGAAAUAUGUGUGGAUAGCAUGUGCGUAUUUUAUGUUGUUAUAGAUCAUUUUUAAAGAACUCUGGUUCUAUUUAGGCUAGCUGUACCGAGUGGAAGCUCCGGAAGCAAAGCUUUGCUUGCAAUUGAGUGUCUGAUUGUUGGUAAGCUGUUGUGGUGCAUAAUCUGAAGUACUUGAUGCUUGGGGUGCAGAAAGGCACCCCUACACGAGGAACAUUUAUGUGAUGUACCAUCCAUCAGCAUUCUAAACUGCAGCAGUUUAAUGAAGUCGUGGGGCAUGGGAUGCAAAAAUGAGUGAUUCUAUAUGUGCAAGUAUAUUUUUGAGCAUGCUGCUCACUAGAAUAGCGCGAACUAUAUAUUAGCUGUAGCUGACGAUGCAAUUGAGACAUCGUUUGUAUCUUCCAUUUUCCAGUAGCACGUGUAGGACAGAUAUAUAUAUAUCUAGUUAAUGCCGUUAAAACUUUAAACAUGAUCUGUUAAUGGUGUGGCUGUGCUCCGCUGUUUGCGGCACCCUAGUUUGAAUGCUAACCAAUAGGCUUGUGCAUGGCCAAAAGGUACAUUCAGGGUAUUGCAGAACUGUACUUGUCUUUCAUAUUUACAGCAAUUUGUGUUCACUCAUUAUGUUCUGCAUGAUCUCUGGUGUCGCUGCGCCGGGUAACGGAGAAUGAACAAAACGCUUCAGGUGCUUCCAUGACCACGUGCUUUCAGGCAACAGCUGCUAUUUGAAGUGCUUCCAUUUAUGAUGCAGCAAGAUUUCAUGCAUUGUACUGUUGGCUUUAUAUAAAUGAUUCAUGUCAUCUGUGUUUAUUGCUCUGUGUCUUGAAUUAAAGUCUGUUACUGCGAAUGU